UUUACAGAUCGAAAAUGCGUCAAAAACAGAAACAACCUAUCAGACUGAUGAAAUGCAAGGCAUAUUCUAGGGAAAUGAUGAUGAGUGCAUACAAGGCAGUGAAAGAUGACCAUUUGCCAGUUGAUAGAGCAGCAAUCAUGUAUGGUGUGCCAAAACAAACACUGAGGGACAGAGUGUUGAACAAAGUCAAGAUCAGCUCAAGGUGGGGAAAAGAUUCAUUAUUCACCCAUGAAGAAGAAGAAUUGCUUGUUAGCCAUCUGGAAGGGUUGGCCCAGGUUGGGUAUGGCAUUAAUCGCUCUCAGUUGAACAUUCUUGCAGGUGAUUUGGCUGUGAAACUGGGUAGACGUUUAACUGACUCCAAACUAAGCAACAACUGGUAUUAUGCCUUCUUGAGACGAUGGACACACAGGCUGAAAGUCAUUAAACCAAGGGGUCUUUCAUCAACAAGAGCAGCCGCUGUCACACAGGAGAAUAUUGACAGCUACUUCAGGGAUUUGGAUGCUAUUCUUACCAAGUACUCCCUGAAGUGUAAGCCACAUCUAAUUUAUAAUCUGGAUGAGACUGGCAUUCAGCCAGAGCAUCGACCAUCAAAGGUUAUCACAGGAGUUUCGUCAAGCAAAACUCAAGCUGUCACCUCUCCGAAUACAGGCACCACAACCAUUGUAGCGUGCGUAAAUGCGGCCGGAACAGCUCUACCCCCUUACUAUGUGUUCAAGGGAAAACGGACAAACGAUGACCUAUUGAAAAAUGCAGCAGUUGGUGCCAACUACGCCAUGUCGGAUUCUGGAUGGGUAAACGGGGAGGUAUUGAUGAAGUACCUUGAAGAACACUUUCUGAAAUUUGUUCAACGAGGAUCAGGUGACAUUUCCCAACCUAUACUGCUCAUAUAUGAUGGCCAUGCUUCACAUGUCUCCAUUGACAUAGUCAACUGGGCAAGAGAGCACAAUGUCAUACUGUUUGUGCUACCCCCACACAGUUCUCAUGCCCUCCAACCAUUGGACAUUACAUGUUUUGGGCCGUUCAAGUCUAUUUUCCACAAUGAAUGCCAUCUAUACAUGGCUAAGCAGAGGGGAAGAGUCAUAACAAAAUAUGACAUAGCUGACUUGUCCGGGAAGGCUUACUUAAAAUCCAUGACACCAGCAACAAUCCAGUCUGGAUUCCGGAAAGCUGGCAUAUCGCCAUUUGAUCCGACAAAAGUACCAGCAGAAAUGAUAGUGCCGUCUAAAUCAUUCCCCAAAAUCAUUCCAGAAUUGCCAAUUAGGACCAUGAAAGAGCUCCUAGAUGAAAAGUUAAUGGAAACAGCUCCAAAAGCCAAACUUGAAAAACCAAAAGCUAAUAAAAAUAAGACACAGGACAAAAAGAAGAAACCAAAAAUGGGUGGAAAGGCCAUUACAGAAGACUGUACAUACUUUCAGCUGCUAGAAUACCAACAACAGAGAGAAGAAAAUAACACAAAAGAAAAAACAAAUAGAUCAAAACAAAAUUUGCACAAAUCACCCCAACCAAGCACAAGCAAAGGAAAUAUCGUGGACUCUGACAUUGAAAGCGAAAUUGAAGACGAAGAUCCAGCUAACAACUGUUGUAUAUGCAAGAAGUUUUCACCGCCAGGAUUGGAUCAGUGUGAUGAACUUGUGAUCGUCAAAUGGGCCCAGUGCACAGCGUGUGGUCAUUGGUGCCAUCUGCGAUUUUGUUCACAGAUCAGAGUAGUGCGCCGGCUAUCUGAUUUCUUCUGUCCGCAUUGUGCUGAAAGAGAGUGUUAAAUCUUUUGACGGUUACUGCAUCUGUUAGGUUGUUUAAAUAGUAUUUUUAUUAAAUUGUUAUGGAUCAGUUAAUUUCAUUCCAUCAGUAUUUAAUGUUUAUAAUUGUUUUUGUUGUUGUGUAAAUAGUAAGUGACUAUCAAGUAAUUAUUGAGUUUAUGC